AUGCAGAUCGAUGCCUCUCCCCAGGAGAACGCGGUUCCCGCGGCGCUCCCGAUCGCGGAGACGGGGCGCCUGAGCCUGGCGAAGGCGCCCCGGAGGGCGCCGGCGGCUGACCCCGCGAAGGAGCGGCUGCAGCUGCGGCGGCGGGCGCGGUCGGCGGGGGCCGGCGGCGGCAGGUACUUUCAGGAGAGCACCGCGCCCUCUGCCCUUGGCGCCCUCGCGGGCCGCACGCUGACGCAGCUGGCCGCCGCGGGAGCGGGCCCCGACGACGAGGCCAGCGCGCGCCGCCGCGAGAGCGGGUUCGUGCGCUGCCUGGAGCUGCUGCUGGAGAAGGGGCUGCUCGAGCUGGAGGUCGGGGACAAUUGGGGUCUGACCCCGCUGCUGGCGGCGAGCGCCACUGGCUCGACCUCCACCAUGGCUUGGCUCCUCGAGCAGCAGGCGGACCUCUACGCCACGGACGGCACCAGGCGCAACGCGCUCGUCGCGAUAGCCAAGAAGCAGCGGAAGGCGGUGCGCUUCCUGUGCAACUACGACGCCGACGUGUCCAGGCUCAAGCAGAUGCAGGACUGGAAGGGCCGAAGACCCGAGGAGCUCUGGAGGACGGGCUGGUGCACCGCGGCCGCCGGCCAAGAGGGCCUGCGGCAGGACUUCUCCACGGUCUGGGAGGCCGCGCGCGAGGGCGACCUGGACCUCGGAGGAGGAACUCCAGCGCGCGCUCCGCACCGAUCCCGACGCGGGGCGGCCGAGCCCGGCCGGCUGGACGGCGGCGAUGUACGCCGCCGCGUGCGGGAACACGGCCACAUCCUCCGCCUGCUGCUGUCGCUGCGGUGCCCCCUGGAAGCCCCCGACGAGCUCCCGAGGCGCGAUGUGCGCCCGGCGCGCGGCCGCAGCGCGCUGCACCUUGCCGCAGAGGCUGGCCACGCGGACGCGUGCGAGCUCCUCGUGCGGGCGGGCGCGCCAGUCGCUGCGAAGAGCGCCGACGGGCACACGCCGGUGUGGGCCGCCUGCAGCGGCGGCCAGCUGUGGGCCCUGCAGUCUCUCGUCGCGCUGCGCGCGGACCCCCUCUGCGCCGCCGGCGGCAACGCGCUGCGGGCGCUCGGCUCCGGCGACACGGAGCGCCACGCGGACUGCAUACGGUGGCUCACCGACCUCUACUGCGCCGACGUGCAGGGGGCGUCCAAGGCCGAGCUGCACCAGGCCACGGACGAUGCCACGAGCUUCCUCGAGCUCCUGGAGCACGGGGACCUCGCGCGGCCCGGCUUCGUCGCGAGGGUCCACAGCCCGACGCACAAGGCCCUGCAGCGCGCGGUGAAGGCGGCGCGGAGACGCUGCGACGCCCUGCUGAAGCCGCUGUGA